AUGUGCGGUAGGUUGCCCGAAGGGCUAUCUGAUCCGAUCAACUGCGUAAGCCGUAGCGCGCUAGCGCGCGUACUCUUCCUCUAUGAGCGAGACUCCAUCCAAAUCUGCCACUCGUUGGGCGACGCCCUCUUUUCUAUGAACACCCCACCACUGAAUGAUGAACUUUGCCAGUCUUCGCCUCCGACCCGACCAGGAGAGAACACAGAGUCAAGCCAAGCCCUUACCCGCCAGAAUGGAAUUCAUAUCUCCUUCGUCUGGUCGAGAAGGGAGAAAGCCCAAUCGAACAUCAAUCACUUCACGGACGCUAUUGAUUGA